AUGUCGCCCACACCUCUUUUUCACCUUCCCUCGGCCUUAAGAAGACUGAAGACCAGUGCGACCGAUACCAGUCACCGAAUAUCACCAAAACGAGACGAUGGUAAUAACAAAGCUGAACAGAUGCUUGGCAUCAGUAGGACAGACUUUCGCAUGGCGAGGAAGCAAAGCAUUACGUCCACCACAUCCAACAUAAGCGAGCAUCCGCAAAUACAUAACGAUGCCCCGACGUCUCGGCGCAAAGACAUGCAACUGCAACGGCCGAAGCUUGAGCUCAAAGCGUCCUCGGUCCUGCUUCACGAGGAGUUCUUGAUUGACGCUGGGACCGCCCAACGUCCGCCGAUGCCCAUUAAGAAUUUCGCAUCCUCUUCCACGCUGCACUCACAUUACGACUCUCAGAAAGUACCCCUGAAUGUAUCGCAACAGACGUCCGAGUCUUCAAGACGAGAUUUGGCACUACGCAGAGGCAGUCCCCAGGUCGUGCGGCCUGCCUUCAGGGACAGAGAUCACGCCGGUGGCAGCAAGUCUCCUAGAUUGAGUCCGGCGGGCGAAGGUCGCAAGCUGAGCAAGCAGAGGCCGAAGACAAGUGAGACACAUAAUAAUCGACCGGAAGAAUAUCGGCCUGACACAGGCUAUGAGAGUGUACCCUCAUUGAAGUCGCUGAAUCACACACCUAGCAAGCCUUUGCGUAAUCCACGAUCGUCAGUUCUGAAGCCUAGUACCAAUCCCAGAGCCAUGGCUGGAUCCACAUCAAAGUCACUCCUGGAGCCAAUGGACCCAGCAUGCGUCAAAGUCAACGUUCGCCGACCAAGAGCUGGAGCCAAGAACUGGUUCGACGGAUUAGAGGAAGAGUCAAGCGAAGAAGAAGUGGAAGGGGAUCUGGAGCUCAAGCCUCACUUUUUCACGGGCCUCGAGAAUGCUUUUCAGCAAGAGCAGAUCAAGCCGCCAUCAGAUCGAUCAUCAAUUAGGACUGAUCAGCAAACGUUCCACUUCAGCAAUAGUAGCGCAGCAACUCCGAAGCAAUUCCUGAGAAGUCAAUCGUCGGCCGAGGGCAGUCCACGCGUUGCUGUGCUCAACGCUAAAGCAUCGAGGACAAGCUUAGCACAGCACAGUACGCGGACGCAGCGAAGUGAGCGACCAAUUGCUACGCAAAAGAAGGCGCAUACCAUAGCGGAGACAGAUUUGAUGAAGAAAAGUUUCUUGAACAUGUCAUCGGAUGACGAGACCGAGGACGAUGCCCCUACGCCAAAUGCUGGUCCAGUCCGGUCGCCCGUUCCGGCGCGGCCGUCCAUUCGAGAGAGCGUGGUGCUGGCAUUCAACGACGAGUCAGCGGUGGAAGUUGGGACGGCGCAGGAGCUGACUGCCGCGGCUUCAACCCUCGGCUCACAGCAUCCCAGAGUACGAACUCUGAAAGUCGUCAAUCGAAACAGCAGACCAGACCAUAUCCGAAUGCCAGUCCCCCGGAGAGGAAGCAGCCUAGCACUGUCGUCGCUCAAUGAAGUUGCGGAAAGACAGAGCGCGGUGCCACAAGGAACAGAAGAUACGAUCCCGUCAUUUCCAGCAACUCCAACAGAAAGCGACAAUACUGCUUAUCGGGGGUCGGUCAGCUUGUACUCGGAUACUGCAUCAAUAGAAAGCCGUCGAAUGAUGAGCGUCACGAAGCAGGAACAAUCUUUGCUCGCUGCGAUGCGACUAAAAAAGGCCGCCAUGAAGCACAACGUAACAAGCAACAAGCGGAUGCAGGCCUUGCAAAGUCUUGAGCAGGGGAAGCCGCGUUCACCUCAACUGCAGCACCCGACAAUGUCAGGCUACCGGCAACCUGUGCAGCCAUACUAUGGGGAAGGCAUUCGCCAAGUUCAAGAUAAUUUCUCACGAACAUCGGGAACGACUUUCCAGACGCAGACCACAGGUCGACAAUCACAUCUCACGACGGACACGGCAACGCCACUGAACAGGCUGUCAUUGUCAUCUGACAGUCAGUCAGCAUCGCCGUCUUUGCUAUCGAUGAGCGGUCCCGAUAAGCGGCAAAGCCGAGACACAUAUUUUUCUGGGACUUCGCCCGGUGAUGCUCUUCAAGGUCACUCUCGGCAUCGGACCGACUCGAGUCAUUUCUCGCACGUGGUGGAGCUGGACAAGGUGCCAGAUAAUCGCGAUGAGAUCACUAGCCAGGCAUAUAUACAGUGCCCUAUGCUGGCUGGAGCCAGUCUAUGGGGGUUGCCCACUAAAAGAGAUGCCAGGAAGAGAUGGUUCUGCAAUGUGUAA